GUUUUUUUCUUUCUUUGGCUUAUCAAUAUAUUGAACAUUUCAGCAAAUUACAGUUUCUUAAAAAACGUUUUUGUCUUGGAUUCAUUUGAAAUUAUCGAGUUCAUGCAUGAAUUGAGUUGUUCAGAAAAAAAAACGUCAAAAAUGAUGAUGAUGAAAGAAAAUAAAACAGAAAAUGAUAUAAAUGUAAACAUUGGAAAUGCCGUAUUUACAAAACAAGUGGCGGCAAAAGUGUGUAUGGCACUAGUUGAAUUUCUUUUAAUCAAUAAAAAUCAAAUUCCAUUUCCGGUUGUAUCGUUUCAACAAAUCAUAAAUCGCAUAAAUAAUGUGGAACAUGACGAAAAUAGUGAUGUCAAGAAGCCAAAUUUGGUUGGAAAAUACAAAGCCGAACGCAAACGCAAUAAAGCUAUGGAAACAUAUAACAUGUAUAACCAGUUGAACGAGAUUAUGAUUUCAACGUUUGAAAAGUGUGACAUCCAUCAGGCCAUCAUAUUAUUUGGACAAACAAAAUUUACGACAAAAGAAUGUUUCGUCAUCAAUUUUCCAGAAUCUGAUGUUGUACAUUCGUCCGUUACAGUUUCCACAAAUCAAUCAGAAAUUGUGCGAAAAAUUAUCAUGUCUAUAUUGGGUUCAGCUGAUUUUUUCAAUAAGCACGGAAAUAUUCUGCGUCAAACUAAUAUGCAUUUAUUAUUAAAACUAAAAGAUGGUUCCAGUGCACCUUGUAUGACAAACUUUCAAAUACAAAACUAUUUAAGAUUGCCGCACAAGUGCAGAACAACACAUUUCAAUAUUCAAAAUAACACAGAGAAAUUGGAUAGCAAACCAUUUAACAUUUUUAGUGAUAUCGACAAUACUGGAAAUGCAGCGGAACCAUGUUCAGAUAGUAAUAUUUUCUUUGAAUGCAAUGUUAUAUUGAAAGGGAUCAAAUGGAAUCAAUAGAUUUUUAAUUAUUUUAAACUGAUUUUGUUUGGAGCAUACGAUUCUAGCACAAUUAUUCAAUUUAAUUCAUUCAUUUAACGCAUCAUUUAAAGCAAAGCUGGUAUAGGCAUCGCGGAGGUGUGGACACUUUUUAUGUAAAUUCUGCUCUUUCUUGUAUUCAGGUGAACAACUUGACAAAAAUUGUAACUUCUCUGGUGCCCAUAACAGCUUUGAACACAAGACAGUUGUUUUCAUCAAUGCAUAUUUUUUAUAUGAAAAAAUUACUAUGUUUAUCAGUCUUAAAUUGGUCAAUCGAGCUUUCAAUAAUAGUGUUUAGAGAUUAAAUAAAUUUUAAUUGUCCUGAUUCAA